AUGGGUUUGGCUGAUGCAAUUGAAAAGCUUAAGAACCUCAUCUACUCAAAGCCCUCUAAGAGUCGUUCAGAUUGCAGCAAUGCCUCCAUCAAUUCAGCAAGUUAUGAUCCCACUAGAUUUUAUUACAUGAAUUGUGGUGAUAAUGGGUCGUACGUUGACGUCGAGUGCAUCGCUACUGAAGAAUUUAUUCGCGUUUAUGGUGUGAACUUCGACAUGAAAUGUUCUGAUUUCCUCGUUCAACUUUGUUCAUUAUGUGGCUUAGAAGCAAUGGACUACACUUUCUUAGUUCCUUGCGAGGGUCUAUCUGGGGCUUCAGGCAUCUGUUGGCUUUCCGCUCCUUCUAGGAGUAAGCUUGGCCAUUGGGUUAAUUCUGAUACAACUCAAACAACACUACCAUCUAUGGUUAGACUCAUUGCUAAAUGCUGUUUCAAGAAGUCUGCUAAACUUUAUCAGUAUCCGUUUCUUGACACGAAGUUCAAAUACCCUAUUACACUCCUAAAAAGGGAGAGGGAGUUUUUAAACGAAGGACAUCGGAUUGCUGUGCAUUUACCAGAAAAUUGCAUGAUUGUCGUUCGCGGACGUUUGGAUCAACCUAUUAGUAAGGUUCUUCAAAAAGUGUCUUCGGAGCGUCAUGUUCAAUUAAGCAACUACUUCAUUAUUGAUCCCCAAAAAAGAACGAUUUUAGAUCCAACAGAUACAUUCUUAAACCAAAAUGCAGAACAAAUUGAACUUAAAGAGCGAGAGAAAGGUAAAUCUAGCAAGAACUCAAAGUCAGACGAAAGGAGUCGAAUCGAUGACUCUCAAGAAAACUCUCUAUCUAAUUCGGAAAUGAAACAUAAAAAGCGUCCAGCACCAAGUGUACCUGCUAAACAACAAAUAACUCAUCGACAUUUAUCACCUUUUGCCGAUGUACCUGACAAGGUACAAUCUUCUAGUUGUGUGACACUACCAAGUAAGAAAGAUGAUAUUAAAAAAUUCGAGGGUAAACGAAAUUCAGUUGUUGAAUCUCAGAAAAAUAAAGACUCAUUUAGUAAUUGCUCUCAAGAAUCACGAAGUAAAUCAUUUGCUGUGAAGGAUAAAUCAAAUUCGCACAAGCUCAAAUCGUCUACCAUGGAAUCCGUGAAAAAUUAUCGUUCCCCUGCACCUCCACCACCACCACCAUUACUUCCGAAUCUCGUUAAACCUGUUAAUGGUAGUGAUCCAAACAUGUCUAAGUCAAAACAUAAAGAAUCUCGUAAAUCUGAUUCACACUUGCUUGUAAUGGAUAGUAGCCUAGAUGAUGAAUUUGUGAAAGAAGGCCGUAAAUCAAAUAAACGCUCAGCGCCCAAAAAUCCUUCUCAAGAGACAGUUACAAAGCCAAGUGUUGUCCAUAUUGUGAACGAUCAAUCAAAUUCUCAUGAAUGUAAACCAUAUACCACAGUGAAUUCCAUUACAAAGAAGGAAUCCGUGAAAAAUUAUCGUUCCCCUGCACCUCCACCACCACCACCAUUACUUCCGAAUCUCGUUAAACCUGUUAAUGGUAGUGAUCCAAACAUGUCUAAGUCAAAACAUAAAGAAUCUCGUAAAUCUGAUUCACACUUGCUUGUAAUGGAUAGUAGCCUAGAUGAUGAAUUUGUGAAAGAAGGCCGUAAAUCAAAUAAACGCUCAGCGCCCAAAAAUCCUUCUCAAGAGACAGUUACAAAGCCAAGUGUUGUCCAUAUUGUGAACGAUCAAUCAAAUUCUCAUGAAUGUAAACCAUAUACCACAGUGAAUUCCAUUACAAAGAAGGAAAUCCAAAAUGAAUGUAAUUUAGCUAUACCUCCGCCACCUCCUCCUCCACCACCACCACCUCCUCCACCUGCUGCAUCCUAUAUAGGUCGAAGCUCCACUCUGCGUGUUAAUGUUUCGGAUCCAUCACUUAAGGAUUCAGAUUCAGGAGUGGAACCUGUCAGAAAAUCAUCAACAGUUUCAAAUAAUCCUAAAAAUAAUUUACAAUCUCCCAGUAUAGAAAUGCUUACGGAACUGACAAAUGCUUUCAAGUCUUUAAGAAAAACUACUAGUCUAAUCGAUGGCGAAAAUGUUGACUUUUCAAAAAAACUUCCUGUUCAUCGAGGCAAAAUUAUUUCAGCUAUUCGACAAAAUCCACCUGAUACUUCAAAUAAUGCAGAUGAUAAACCGAACACUAGAAUGCCAUCGGUUCUAGAAUCUGAUGAUAGUUGUUCUGUGGACACAUCGUUGUCAUUACCAUAG